GUGACAUCAUUCAGCGCGCGCCGGGAGUUUAAUAGGGUCGGGAAGGGUCGCGGUGGCGGGUUCCCAGACCGUGGGCGCCUGCGCUCGGUUAACGUCGGCUGGUGACGGUUACCUCAGGGGCUCCAGACUUUUUCGAACCAGUAUCACUUAUUCUUGGCGUGCAUGAAGAUAACCCAAAGAGUUGACGAAAUUGCUAAGAAGAGUGCACCAGUGAUGCUCCAGGAAAAAGACUGACUGCUGAGGGCAGAUUCCAGUCCAAGGGUGUUUGGUUUACUAAGAAGAAAGUGAACAUCAUGGAUCAAAACAACAGCCUCCCACCUUAUGCUCAGGGCUUGGCCUCACCCCAGGGCGCCAUGACUCCUGGGAUCCCCAUCUUCAGUCCGAUGAUGCCGUAUGGCACGGGACUGACCCCCCAGCCUAUUCAGAACACCAACAGCCUGUCGAUUCUGGAGGAGCAGCAGCGGCAGCAGCAGCAGCAGCAGCAGCAACAGCAGCAGCAGCAGCAGCAGCAGCAGCAGGCAGCGGUGGCGGCGGCGGUUCAGCAGUCUACAUCUCAGCCGGCUACACAGGGGGCCUCUGGCCAGACUCCGCAGCUCUUCCAUUCUCAGACUCUGACAACGGCACCUUUGCCAGGCACCACUCCCCUGUACCCGUCGCCCAUGACGCCCAUGACGCCCAUUACUCCUGCCACCCCGGCAUCGGAGAGCUCCGGAAUUGUACCACAGCUUCAAAACAUUGUAUCUACAGUGAAUCUUGGUUGUAAACUUGACCUAAAGACCAUUGCACUUCGUGCCCGAAAUGCUGAAUAUAAUCCCAAGCGGUUUGCUGCUGUAAUCAUGAGAAUAAGAGAGCCGCGAACUACUGCACUGAUCUUCAGUUCUGGAAAAAUGGUGUGCACAGGAGCUAAAAGUGAAGAACAGUCCAGGCUAGCAGCAAGAAAAUAUGCCAGAGUUGUACAGAAGUUGGGUUUUCCAGCUAAGUUCUUGGAUUUCAAGAUUCAGAAUAUGGUGGGGAGCUGUGAUGUGAAAUUUCCCAUAAGAUUAGAAGGCCUGGUACUUACUCACCAACAAUUUAGUAGUUAUGAGCCAGAGUUAUUUCCUGGUUUAAUCUACAGAAUGAUCAAGCCCAGAAUUGUUCUACUUAUUUUUGUUUCUGGAAAAGUUGUAUUAACAGGUGCUAAAGUCAGAGCAGAAAUUUAUGAAGCAUUUGAAAACAUCUACCCUAUUCUAAAAGGAUUCCGAAAGACAACGUAAUGGCUUUUGGAUAAUCCUGCCUCCCCAACCCACUUGUUUUUUUAACCAGAUCAGUUUUGGUACAUUUAAAUGGUGUUAUUGUGAAUGGUUCAGCAGUUCUUGAGAAGAUGGACUUCAGUUGCGCAUUGCAGUGCCAGGUGAUGCUUUUCUGGAGCACAUCCCACCUCGGGAGAGCAGGAAAAGGUAUUAUUUCUGUAGAGAGAACACCUGCUCAGCAUUAUGGGAGUUGCUCGUGCAGUGCUGCUGUUUGGGCAGUGCUGCCCAUUUAUUUAUAUUUAAAUUUUAAACACUUACUGCUAUUGACAAGUUGGUUUAAGAAACAAAACUUUUAAGUGUUAAUACCACCUCUACAAUUGAUUGGACUUUUUGUUCUGUUUACUUUUUCUCCCAUAAACCAGUUUUUAUAUUUCUACCAGAAAAGUAAAAAUCUUUUUUAAAAGUGUUGAUUGUUGAAUUUGUAACUCCUCGGGGUUAUUUUUGUGCCAGACACAUUCCGCCUUUCCAGUAUUGCAGGACAGAAGAGAUGUAUUAAUGAAAACAAAUGGCUGUACAUAUUUUUCUUUGUUCAGAGUACUCUGUACAAUAAAUGCUGUUUAUAAAAGUGUUAGAUUGUUGUUAUAAAUGAUACCUUGUAAGAGUCCUGUGAUCAUACUGUUUUUUAAAAAGUUGUAUUUUAGAUAUAAUGUCUGAAAUCACUUUGAUGUUCACUUGUUAUUUGUUUUAAUUAACAUUUCAUUGUAUGUUCUAAUGAAAAAGGAUAAACUAUGUGGAAAUUUAAGAUUGCUUACAAAACAUUUGUUUAUUAACUUCCGUAUAUUAAUUGUUAGGUUUUUCUAUUGGGAAGAGAAGAGACCAAAGCUCGAUCAAAGGAGCUUUAUUGUCCAGCCGUGCACAGGUGGGCUGAAGCCUGCGAUGGCGACAGCCCUGAGCAAGGGGAGCAGUGCGGCUUAUAUGGGAUGGUUGGUGGGAAGAUUUUUGUCCAGGGACAGGGAGCUGGCAGGUCUAGGUAUGCAGUUUCUCAGUGGCUGCUUUUGGGAAGGGGGGGUAGUUGGCAGGUUUUCCUUGGCUGGCUUGGGAACAGGAAAGUUUAAAAUUUUAAAAGUUAUCACAAACUUGCAGAAUUCCAAAGGGCAGGGGUGGAGUAUUGCCUAACAUUGCAGAUUUUUUCUUUUAUUUUUCUAGGGAUGCUGAGGGGUGCAGAUCUGUUUUUCUGUAUCUGCUUCUGGCUGGUGGGGGGCGUAGAGCUGUCCCUAUGUUUUGUUGCACGGUAGUGGCUGGUAAGGAUUUGUUCAUUGGAGGAACAGAAUGUCACCGAUCUGGUUUGUCACGGCUUAAACACUUCUGCGAAUAAACCUGAUUAGAAGUU